AUGGCGGGUAUCAUUAGGCAAUUAAGACCCGCAUUGCAAAUGUUUGCAAAAACUAGACCUGUUUCUAUUAAAAGAGGAUAUGCAGAAGCUGCUGCUAAAGAAAUGCCAUUAACCUUAGCUGCGGCCAAUCAAGUAUUUUACGAUGCUGAAGAUGUUAAACAAAUAGAUGUUCCAACAUUUAAUGGAGUUUUUGGUAUUUUACCUAAGCACGUACCUAUAUUGGGUGUUCUGUCUCCUGGAGUUGUAACCGUUUUUCUUAAAGAUGGUUCUUCAAAAAAAAUAUUUGUGUCGAGUGGAACUUUAUGUGUUAACGAAGAUUCUUCAGUACAAGUACUAGCAGAAGAAGCUCAUUAUUUAGAAGAUAUAGAUUCAAAUGCAGCCAAGGAAUCAUUAUCUAAAGCUCAAAGUGAACUCGCUUCAGCUUCUCCUGAUAAAAAAGAUGAGGCUGCCAUUGCUGUAGAAGUUGCAGAAGCUAUCGUUAGAGCUCUUUCUUAA